AUGGCUCAAUCUCAAGACCUGUCUCGUACACUGCCUUUAUGGCUCGAUCCUUCCCACGCCAAACACAUUGUCCGAGGAAACUUGACGACUCUUAGUGCCCGCCCGAAGACUGUUGAGCCGGGAGAAUGGGUCGCACAUCAGGGUAACGUCUAUACGAUCGGAUCAAUGAUAUACUACAACAUGUAUCACCAUCUGACUGUAUCCUCCUUCCUAGUGGUUGAGCAUUACCAACUAUUGUGGAGUUUCGUGCGCCUUGUUCAUGAUAAAGAGGGCCAGGAGCACCGUGGCGCCUCCAUCUGCAAACCGGCUACUUGCCCCAAGAUGUCGGCUGGACAGAAUCACUCCUACACUUGGCUCGACGAGGAGCAGAAGCCUGUAGAGCUCCCGGCCCACGAAUGCAUAACACAUUUGCAGCGAUGGAUAUCUGCAAAGAUCAACAACAUCGCCAUCUUUCCGACCGAUCCGUCUGGCACAUCAUCUGCAUUCGACCCUAGUCUUGAGAUGCUAGAGCGCCAUGAACUAGAACCUAUGCAGGACCUCAUUAAUCUCUGGGUAGCUGAUGGCACCUUUCCUGCCGAGUCAAAGGCCUAUGUGUAUGGAGACUUGGAGCGUGGUCAAUUUCUUCUUAGGCUAGGCGCUGGUAGGUGA